UUUUAUACAUGUUGUGAUGAGGAUAAUACAUAUAUUAUUAUUAGUAUCAAUAGUGUGUUGUAGAAGGAUAGGGAGAAUAAAUGGAAGGCAUAAAUUUGGGCUAAUUGGACCAUUAGAAAGUGAAAUCACACACUAUGAAGGGCCUCAAUAUUCCAAUGGGAAGCCAAAAAUGGCAUGUAAAUUACUAUUGUUAAAGCUUAAAAUCUCUAAGUAUCUUUUGUGGAAGCGAAUAUGGUUUGGGACUUUAAUCCUGAAAUAUCACAUAAAAACGAAAUACUGGGAAAUCUCCAAAAAACUCAAAAAACUCUUCAAAUUCCACAAAGAAUCUGAGGAAUCACCGCAUUAUCCGCUGGUUGGAAACAAGUGGGUCCUGGAAUUUAAUAAACCCCCGAAAUACUCAAAUAUACCUGGCCUAAAAGAAUAUUUAAAAUUCGCUGAUGACGGCACUGUUACCACAGUCACAGGAUUAACAGGACAUUGGUGGGAGGAGAUGGGUCAUUUGAUGUGGAAAUUCCCUGUAGAGAGUGGGAAAAAUGAAUUUGUAUAUUUUAAAACAGAAUUUAUGUUUGAUUCGAGGAAAAAUAAACCCGUUAUGUGUAAUGGAAUAGUUUUUAAAGAUAGACCUGAGAAUGGAUUCUUACCAAAGUAUUUAUUCAGGCCUGUACUAUGUAAAUUUAAAGGUCACUGCCUCUAAUUCUCAUAGACAUGUCUAAACCCUUGCAAUGUUAUAACAUGGAAAAUUGAUAUUACUACUGAGAAAUUAAUGUUUAUUGUAUA